AUGGAGCCUUUUUCCUUCGCAAGCUCGUCGGCCCUCGAGCUGCCCGUCCAUGUGAGGAUAAACAACCUCGACGGCCACCAGAACCCCAUCGCGUUUUCUACCUUGCUGAAGCACCCUGAACUGAGACAUAGAGGCUCAAACAUCAGCCCUCACUCAGAGCUCUUCGUUACCGCGCAGCUAUGGGCCGACAGCAAACCGCUCACCGUCCCGGUUCAGACCAGCUACAAGUCCUUCAAGUCCAGCCGCACCUGGAAUGAGUGGUUGACCCUGCCCAUCUCAUACGAGACUAUACCGCAGUCAUCCCAGCUCGCCAUCACCGUAUGGGACCUCUCACCGACCGAGGAUAGCCAGAUCCACGCCGCACCUUUUGGAGGCACCACGAUACCUCUCUUCGACAAGGACAACACUUUGCAGAAAGGCAGACAGAGAUGUCGUAUUCACCUCCAAAAGGCUGCCGACGGCCUUUCAUCCUCGACUACUCCCCACCUCAUCCCGCCCCGCCGUCGCAACCGCAGGAGUGGAAAGCUCGCCGAGGAGGCGGAUCCCGACAUGACCGAGAUGGAGCGCUUGGAGGUGCUGAUGAAAAAGCAUGAGAUGGGAGAGAUACCCGAGGAUAGAUGGCUGGACCAAAUGGUUUUUCGCAAAAUGGAGCAACUUGAGCGCAGUACCUACCGCAGCGGGCCCAAGUACGGAAGGAAGGAUGCACCAAAGCCCGACGGGCCCGAUGACGAAGACGGCUCCGACGAGGAGAGCCUUGACGAGGACAAGUUCUUCAUCUACGUCGAAUUCCCCCGUUUCGAUCAUCCCAUCGUAUUCACCGACCGCGAAUAUCCGGCCCCGCCUGUUUCCACUAUGCAGCAGUCGUCAUCCAUUGGCGACGUGCGCCUGAAGCCUCCUCCGGAAGUCUCGUUUGGCCCAGGAAUCAAUGGCGGUGUCAACGAUGACGAUCCUGAAAUCGGCAGGCUUAUCAGGAUCUAUGACCCGGAAGUCGGCAUUCGGGACAACCCUGCGGAGAGCAAGCAUAGGAGACUGGUGCGCAACCAUCGCACAGGAGUCAUGGAUCGCGAUAUGAAGCCAAACGCCAAGGCUCGCGAUGAACUGAACGUCAUCAUGUCAUACGGCCCCACGCAUGAGCUAAGUUCCGACGACAAGGACAUGGUGUGGAAGUUUAGACACCAUUUGACAAGAGACAAGCGUGCCCUCACCAAGUUCGUCAAGUCUGUGUCUUGGCAUGAGCCUGGCGAAGCCCGACAAGCAGUACAACUCUUAUCAAAAUGGACCGAUAUUGACGUGGAUGAUGCUCUCGAAAUCCUGGGGCCCAUGUUUGAUCACCCUGCUGUCCGCUCCUUCGCCGUUGAUCGGUUGCGCAAGGCCGACGACGGCGAGUUGCAGCUCUAUCUUCUUCAGCUCGUGCAGGCAUUGAAGUUCGAACCUGUCGAAACCGAUUCAGAUGGCGAACCUGCUCAGCAUUCAUCAUUGGCUCGAUUCCUGAUCAAUCGUGCUUCCGGGAACCUGAAGCUGGGCACCUUCUUCCACUGGUAUCUCAUGGUAGAAUGCGAUGACCGCAGCCCGGAGCAGGGCACGGAGCACCGAAAGCUUUUCGCCAAGGUAGAAUAUGACUUCAUGACGACUCUCAUGGAAGCCGAGGAUGGCCCAGCCAAGCGCAAGAUACUGCUCAGGCAAGGUGAACUCAUUACCGUCUUGUCAAAGAUUUCCAAGGAAAUCCGGUUCUCGAGAGAUGGCAGACCGCAGAAGAUUGAGAGCCUCAAACAAUUCCUUGCUGACCCCAAGAACGACCUCAUGAACAUCGACCCACCCCUACCUCUUCCCCUGGAUCCAACCGUCGAGGUCGUCAGCGUCUUUCCCGACGACUGCAACGUCUUCAAGUCCUCACUGUUCCCGCUUCUCAUCAACUUCAAAACAACGACGGGCGCAAAGUAUCCAGUAAUCUUCAAGACCGGCGAUGACCUCCGCCAGGAUCAGUUGGUCAUCCAGAUCAUCACGCUCAUGGACCGGCUACUGCGCUUGGAGAACCUGGACCUCAAGCUCUCCCCCUACCGCAUCCUGGCCACAUCCACGACCGCCGGCGCCGUCCAGUUCGUCCCCAGCACCCCCCUCGCCGCCGCCGUCACGAAAUACCGCGGCCAAGACAGCAUCCUCUCGUACCUCCGCGCCAACAACCCCGACGACAGCUCCCCCCUCGGCGUGCGCAAGGAAGCCAUGGACACGUACGUCAAGUCCUGCGCCGGCUACUGCGUCAUCACCUACCUCCUCGGCGUCGGCGACCGCCACCUCGACAACCUCCUCCUCGCGCCCGACGGCCACUUCUUCCACGCCGACUUCGGCUACAUCCUCGGCCGCGACCCCAAGCCCUUCGCCCCCCUCAUGAAGCUCGACAACCUCAUGAUCGCCGGCAUGGGCGGGCCCCUCCACCCCAACUUCACCGCCUUCAAAAACUACUGCUUCACCGCCUACACCACCCUCCGCAAGCAGAGCUCCCUCAUCCUCAACCUCUUCAGCCUCAUGCGCGACGCGAAUAUCCCCGACAUCAAGAUCGAGCGCGACAAGGCCGUCUGGAAGGUCCAGGAGCGCAUGUGUCUCGACCUCUCCGAGGAGGAGGCCAUUCGCCAUUUUGAGGGCUUGAUUUCGGAUUCGUUGAAUGCCGUCAUGCCGCUCGUUAUCGAUAGGUUGCACGGGCUG